CGUCACGCAGAAUGGCCCCGCAGACUUAGACCCAAAUGUAUGUGACCUAUUACUUGAAGGAUGUCGAUUUUUCUUUUCUGUCUAAUAUUUGUAUGCCGGCCCUACCUUCCUUUGAUCCCAACUUCUUAUCACUCACAGGUGGUAUUUACUCCAAUUUGCCAAAAAUACCAGCCGUUCCGCCUGUCAUAUGGGUUGGACUUACGAGGGCCAUGGUGUGCAAUCGUCAUGUUCUUAGUUUACAGAUCUAAACUAUUCCUUACCGUCGCAUCCCUGAUGCACAGCGUAUACGGUCAUCACAUAUAAGGCCAGCUAGCCUACGGGCACCAAGGUACUGAGCUGGCUUGCUGGACUCUUUGACGAUCUAGCCAAGGCUACUGUCCCUCAUGGGUACAAGCCAGAGUCGGUUAUCGCCACCUACAGGCUACGCGAUGGCACUGUCAGUUUUGUACCA